AAACAAGUGUGCAUCGUAUUCAUUUUCCAUCGUUGAUAGUUGAUUGAUUUUUUUUACAAUUUGUAGGAUUGUUGGGAUUUCAUGCGUGGUAGACAUUGACACGUAAUUGAAAAUAGCAUUCCGGUGAUAACUUAAUUAGUUAAUUACCCACCCAGCACAAGAGUAGUUCUCUGGUGAAGUUCUACCCCGACAUCAAGCAAUGGAUUGUCAGUCUGGCGACGGCGUCGGUGCUGCUGGGCACGCUGCAAUAUCUCAGAUAUUAUCUGGUGGACUGGAAUGCAGUAUCUGUGGCGAAGAGCAUGAGACAGAUGCGUGCGAACAGGUAACUUCAGCUGUAAAAGUACAAGACUCGGUGGUUGUGUCACGCGCCCGACAGACACUCCCUGGUAGUCUGUACCUAGAAGUCGAACGUGAUGCCACCAGUGUGAUUGCUAAGCAGCUGCUGCAUGCAAAGACACAGUUUGGACCUUUCGAGGCACCUAUAAUUCCUGCCACUGAAUGUUAUGAGGAUAAAGGAUUCAUAUUAAAGGUUUUCCAUCAAGAAAUUCCUCAAGCUUUCAAGCUAGUAACUGAUGAUGAGGACAUGUGUAACUGGAUGUGUCUGGUUCGUCCAGCAUUUACUUGUGAACAGCAAAAUCUUUUUGCCUUUGAGCUUCAAAAUCAUAUAUACUUUAGUACGAAUCGAACAGUAGAGCCAGGAGAAGAGCUGCGUGUGUGGUACGCACCACACUAUGCUAGAAAGCUUGGCAAGGUGACCAGCCCUGGUGGAACUCAGAGAGCGAUAUCAUCUCCACCGCUGAACCAAACUGUAACCUCCACCAGCAGUGUAGAUGUCGAGGGAGUCACGCCUAUUACAGCUGAUGUUCCAUGCCACUCCACCGCCACUGCCACUAUAGAGAUGUCUCACAGCACUCCAUCUUGUCUGGAAGACAGUCAAGCUGCGCCAGACGUAGGCCAGUGUCACAGCGUGCCAUCUAGUCCAAAGAAGUAUAGUCAGUCCUGUGGUCACUGUCAGGUUACGUUCGUCACAAAACUUGAAGUGAUGCAGCAUAACGGACAGCUGCAUCCGAGGGUAGCUGCGCCUCGGCUCUAUGGGACAGGCAAGGAUAACUACGGAGCAUUCUGUACAAAGUGCAAUAUUCUUUUCCCCUCCCGGCAGCACUUGGAUCGGAUACACUGUGUGGAGACAGAUGGCUUGUCUGUGGACAACACAGACAGAGAAUCUCCCCGGCAGGCACAUACAAACAGUUGUGAUAUCAAUGACCAGAAGAAAGCGACUGUGCGUUCGAAUGCACCUCGCGGUCGACCGCCUGGUACAUUAAAAAAGAAGCGGGGUAGAAAGCCCAAAGCAAUAAACCAGUUAAAGAAUGUGAGAGGCAGUAUUGCUCGAACGAUUAGCUGUGCCAUUUGCGGGCUUGAAUUUGCAACAAAAUCGAUCCUUUCUGCGCACAGUAAAGAACAUGAGCUUCCUAUCAAUGACCGAAAUGCGAAUAUUGGAUCACCACACAGGUCGAUGAAGCUGGUAGUUCGGAAGUACAACCCAUUAGAACAUUCAUCCACGAAUGAGCAAAUGCACGGUGCGCCAGCCAAGAGACGAUCCAGUGCCAACUCGGUGAUGUGGAAGUGUCAAAGUUGUUUUCAGAAAUUCCACACUAAUUCCGACUUGGAAGAUCACCUGUUUGCCACACACGGCAUGCGAUUGCUGAAGCAGAAGAAUGUGCAAAAAAAUGGUGUCGUCAAAAAGAUUAAGCCCUCAAAACAAUUUGAGGAUGAUGAGAAAAAUACUAUAGAGGGUAGUCGCACACAGACGUCAGUAGUUGCAGCAGACGUCGUCACACAAUUCCAAGACUCGUCUAGUCAACGAUCGAUCUCAGCACAGCCUGUGGAUGCAAGGCAAGAACAGGUUGUGUCGUCCUCGUCUACAUCUCACGUGUUGGUAGAGUGGAGCUGCGCUAGCUGUACUAACACAUUCCAUACCAAAGAGGAGCUCACGCUUCACGUAAAUCUCGAACAUCCGAGUGCUGCCAUCGAAGGCAAAAGUCAAAAGCUCGCAGCUCGACAAUGCCAGCUUGCAGCUGAAAUGGAAGCUAAAGCGGAACCGCACUGGCCUAGUGCUGAGGCAGAUGAGUGUGGGACUAUAGGUGACCAAAAAGAGGCAAAUACUCAUGAUGAUGGGGAACAGGUAUUGAAGUUAGGGAACCAUGGAGACGGACUCACAACAAUGAACCCAAUUGAUGGAAGCAGGAGAUUCGAAGACGGAGAUUCUCUGCCAGAGAUUCAGGCAGAUUGCAGGCUUCAGCAGCAACAGGCAGCUAGUUGUUCUGUUGGACAGACUUCCGCUUCAGAAACUUAUCUAAAGAAACGGCGAGCAAACAUGGCAGCCAAGCAGCGUAGACGCAAGCAAGCAGAGCAGCAAAAAGAUGUGUCAACCAGCCCAGUCGAUGACAGUACUACUCGUAGCUACGAUGAGUUGCCAGAUGCUGUACCAUAUGAUAGAGACUACUACGCUGACCUUCUCGAUCUAACCGAUGCAGAGGACACGGGUAACGCGGGAGAUAACGGCUAUGCCUCGCAAUCACCUUCGCAACUGUUGGCCGUCGAUUUAACCUGUCAAGUGUGCGAGAAGAAAUUCUAUGACGUCGGAGCCCUGAAGGCGCACACCAGCGACAGCCACCGCGACGUGCUCGCGUGCGACCGCUGCGAGCGAGUGUUCGUGGACGCGGCCUGGCUGCGGCGCCAUGUCUGCGGCGUCGGCGAGGGCGAGUACGGCUGCAGCGUGGAUGGAUGCGGCCGCAGCUUCGGCGAGCGCGGCCACCUCGCGCUGCACGAGGAGCACCAUCGGAAGCCGUUCUACUGCGACGACUGCCACGUGAGUUACGCGGACGCCCGCGGAUUCUGCGAGCACGCGUGCGCGGGCGACGGCCGCGUCGCGCACUGCGACGCGUGCGGCUGCGUGCAACGCAACCGGCUGAUCCUCGCCAAGCACGAGCUCGCCUGCUGCCGGCGCCGAAACAAGUGCUUUGCGUGCCGGCGCCCCCUGGCAUCGGCCGAGCGCAUGACGGAGCACUUCAACUACUGCGCGAAGCGGCUGGAGCUGCGGCGGCAGCGCGUCGUCACGUGCUUCCGCUGCGCGAGCGGCUUUGACGACGCGAUGGCGCUGCGGCUGCACAUGUUCGAGCACGAGCAUCCGUUCGCGUGCGAUGACUGCGGCAUGCGCUUCGCGUCGUCGGUCGGCCUCGACCUACACGCGUGCCACCCGCCGCGGACGUUUCGUUGCGAGCGCUGCGACGUGCAGUUCCGCGUGCCGGCGCUGUGCGCGCGUCACUUGCAGCAUCACGAGCGAAAUCCCAGCGAAGCCGGCCGCAAGUAUCGCUGCAAGCGCUGCGGCGGGACGUUCUGGGAUCGCCACUUCGCCGGCCGGCAUGCGUGCCUCGCGCAGAAGCUGCCGGGCGGCGAGCGGCGGGGCGCGGGCGAGAAGCGGCGAGAGUUCUUCGAGUGCAACGUGUGCGGCGCGCUGCAGACGACGAAGGGCAACAUCGGGCGUCACAUGCGCGAGGUGCACGGCGACGCGCGCUUCACGUGCGACAAGUGCGGCCGCUGCUUCCGCAGCAAGUCGGCGUUCGACACGCACGUGCACGUGACGCAUGCCGACGCGAAGAACUUCCUGUGCAGCGUCUGCGGAGCCACGUUCAAGCAGCGCACGUCGCUGCGCUACCACGUGCGCACGGCGCACGAGCGCCGCCGUGCGUUCCCGUGCGUGCGCUGCGAGCGCUCGUACGCGACGCAGUCGCAGCUCGCCGUCCACCAGGCGGCGCAGCACGAGCCGGCGCGCGCGAGAACGCCGUGCGCGCAGUGCGGCCAGACGUUUGCGUCGCGGCGCGCGCUCGCGCUGCACGUGCUGCGCUGCCACCGCCGCCGCGAGCUGCCGUACGAGUGCGGCGCAUGCGGCAAGGCAUACCUGCGCGCCGGCGAGCUGCGGGCGCACCUCGACGCGAAGCACGCCAGCGCGUUCUUCGUCUGCCAGUUCUGCGCGAAGAUGAUCGCGACGCAGCCGGCGCUGCGGCUGCACUACCGCCGCAAGCACGCCGACCAGCGCGACGCGUGGAAGCAGGAGGCCGUCGCCGCCGUCGCCCACGAGAGCCGCGGCGCGCCCGUGAUGCACCGCUGCGGCUUCUGCGGGGAGGAGUUCCGCGAGCUCGCCUGCCUCAAGGCGCACGUGCAGGACUCGCACCUUUCGCAGAUGCGGCAGCUGAUGGCGGGCGCGGCGGCGGCGAGCGCGGACGUCGCGACGCCGGCGCCGGGCCUCGGCGAAGCGAGAGUCGCCGUCGACGCUCUGCAGCAGCCACAGGACUUUGCUGCGCUCACGGACGCGCUGUGUUCGGCGAACGCAGCGCAGCAGAGCGACCUGGGAGCGGCGGACACCCUCAUAAUACUGUCGGCGGCCGCGGUGUCCAAUGCGACGCCGGAACGAGAAGAACAAGAAGUUGCGACUCGGAUGGCCGCUGACGCGGGGUCGACUCUAGAGGCGGACUGCUACGCACGCGUCGAAGAACAAGAAGUUGUGACUCGGAUGGCCGUGGACGCGGGGUCGACUCUAGAGGCGGACUGCUACGCACGCGUCGAAGAGCAACAAGUUGCGACUCGUAUGGCCGUGGACGCGGGGUCGACUCUAGAGGCGGACUGCUACGCACGCAUUGCGUCGGCGGAUGUACUGGUGAAUGAGGACGAGAGCGAGCAGAACGAGUUGACACUGCGAGCGAGCGAGCCGAGCGACGCGUGCGUGUCGGCACGUGACCCACAGCUGCUGAUCGGCGAAGAGGGCAGCACCGUCAUAUCAGUGCAGAUUCCGAGUGAGGAAGGCAGCGAGGUAUAUGCGCUGAUCUCAGGCAUCGAGACAGAGGAGGAGCUGCAGCGUACUCUAGAGCAACUAGCUCAUGGAGAUGUCGUCUAUUCUACGUCUAUGGAAUAAGGCACGGCACCAGCAAGUGGUGCAGGACUGUUCAUUUUUAGAGCAAGCUGCAAUCAAAGUUAGAGCUGGAAAUGUUUCUUUAGGGGUGUAACAGUCUACACGUAUGUGCGCAAAUACAGAUGCAACAGUGAUGGGCACUAUAAUGGCCAUCAUUCCUGAAUACGUUUGAUGAUAAUACUCUUUAUGCCGUUUGAGAUUCUUACAUUCGCUCCAGUCUUCCUGUUAAAUUUUACUACACUUCUUGUUCCUGUGCCAUCCAUUUUUCUUGCGUGCCAGAUACAUGCUGUAACACAGGAGUAACAUUGGCCAUCCAUGGCCUCAAGGAACUUGCUUGAACUUAAUUUGUGCACUUAGUUUCAAUCCUGCACUCUAAGCUAAGUAAAACUCUUAACCCUCGUCGUAUGAAAACAUCGUUGUGAUGUUGAUUACGGACUAAGUUAGUGUGUGUCAGUGUCUGUACAUUUUUGUGCAUGCUUGUGUGCGUGGUGCAUGAAUGAAAGUCGCAGUAAAAAUAUUCAACAGUAUUAGAUGUUAUCAGCUAUAGAUAGAUGUUAAGAGCUAAUAAUACCAAGAGGUAUUAAUACUACUAAUAAUACUACUAUAAUACUACUAAUAAUACUAAGAGGUAUUAUUAGCUCUUGAUGUUAUACAAUGUGCACGUUGCAUAUAUAUGUAUUAUUGAUGUUCUUAUGUGCUUUUUAUCUCAGUAUUUCAGUAUCAAAACGAAACUGAAUAGGAUAAUUACAAAUGGAUUUUGAGUAGAUUUUCUCACAAACAUGAUGUUGUUAUUAACUGUUAACGCAUUUACAUUGGCUAGGAAUAUAUGCAAGAAGUGUUUAAUGUUUACUUAAAGUGUACAUUGCAAUCCAAAGUUCAAAUAAUCAGUUUAUAUGGAAAUUGUGCUUAAACUUCUAGGAACACAAUUACACUGUCUGGUAUGCAACAGGUUUUUAACAAAUAAAGUUAUUUCGCGAGUCGUUAAAUUGCAUCUUGAGACCAGUUAAUUUGUUGUAUACAUUUUGUUUCAUUGUUGGCUUUAGCUAAGUUUCAUGUUGAAGAGUUGUGUGUUACAAUGUGAAAUGUGAAAUGGAGCUUCAAUUAUUCCUUUCACUGCGGUAACUAAGGUAAUUCUGUGUAAUAUGUUACUCAAUAAACAACCCAUUGAAAUCAUA